UGACGCGUCGGGCCUGCGAAGGCGUGCUAACCUGGCGGAGGGCUCAGACAUAGUAAGGGAUUAACAAUGGAAACGUUGUAUUUGUGAACAGGUUGGGAAAGUUUUGGCCAACAAUUGUUGUAGCGCUUUUCCUCCUUAAACGGAUGCAGUUUCGGGAAUCGAAAACAUGUGGGGGGAAAUGGACCACAACUCAACAAGGUGCCUAGAUCUGUAAUAUCCGUGGAGUUGAAAUGCUUGUGUGAAAUCAAACAAAGAGAGACAUGAACAAUGGCAGAAAGAGAGAGGAAAACUUCAGCUGUUUAUCGCAGCGUCUCUUUCAAAAAAGUGGGUUCCUGGAGCACCAACAGCAGUGAACACCAACAAAACAAAUCAGACGAUUUGGAGGCUGCUGGCGUCGCCCUUCCCCCGGAGCCCAGCAAAGCAGAACAGCACUUGGCGACGCGUAACCUCAGUGUGUCAAGAAAAGUUUCCAAAAUCUCUGCCACCACCACCACCACCACUGCCGGCCUCCUGACCGCAGACCCAAAGAGAGGCUCCUCCACUGCUCACUCCUCUAUUUCGCCAUCCAUCCGACAGCUCACUGAGAAGUUUAGCAGCAGCAGCAGCAGCUCUACAGAAACGCACAGAGCCUCACCGGGGGACUGUGGAGCUGUGACGCGGGGGAGAAGCACUCUUCCCCGGGAAAGUUGUUCCAGGAGAGACGGGUCUCCUCGUAAAUCUUUUCACGAAGACAGCGGUGGGGUAUAUUUCCACGGUUGUGAUAUUACUACCGCUGAGACAUUGAUAGACAAUAAAGUGCAAAAGUUUCACUCUGAUACUGACUCCGUGUCAGGCUCGGACUUGGACAAGAAAAGUGAGAAGGGGAUUUUUUCAAGUUUAUCCACCGACAGCAAUUCUGGUAAGAGAGAUUAUUCACAGAUAAAUGCAUGUCCCUCUGAUCCCAGAAAGACUUUGAAUACAGAUGAGGAAGAUGAUGUUGUUAGUAGAGGGGUUCCCUCACCCUGUAAAUCUCACAGAAGCUAUCUCUCUGCACGUCACAGUGAAUUUAUUCCUCUGCACUCUGACAAGUGGCCCAGUGUCACUAAAAUUAGACAGAUUUUUGAUGAAGGACAAGGCAAUGUUACGCAGCAGCACAAUACUGACUCGUAUGAUAAUUUAAAAGCAGCUCAUAGAGGAAACCAAGAGGAACUUAGCCCCAGUGACUGUGUUUCUCUCUCAGAUAGAAGUGACAAACUCUCGCUUUGCAGCUCUGCUAAUGAACCCUGUAGCCUGUCUUCGCAUUGCAAAUGCAUAGCUGCAGCAAAAAGCAGAGAAAGCAGCCCUGCUAAAGAUACUUUUUGUCACAGUAUGGACCUUUAUCCCAAAGCUUACAACCAGCAGUACUCGAACAAGGAGGAGGAGACUGACUUAGAGUUACAAACUUCUAAUAACAACAACGUUCCUGGCAGAAAUACUUUCCAAAGCAGCAGCAGCAGUAGCAUUCACGGGUGCACUAAGGGUAGUCACUACCAAAGGAUUAACCCAUCUCAAUACAGAUCUCAUAGUCCCAGUCCUGAGCCAGAGGCUCCCCAUAAGACCCAUAGGACAACAGUGUUGACAUCUGACCCCAGCCCUGACCUUCAACCCCCUGCUACUUUGUCUUCGAGUCAAUCGGGAAGCUUGGACGCCUCCUCCUGCUCCUCCUCUCUUCAGCGGUCCUCAGUGAGGGAGAGAAGGGAUAGACAGGGGGUCGGGCUGCCCAGGGAUAGUUUACAUUCCUCACAUAGCUCCUCUAGAGCACCAGCCCCCACCUCCUCCUCCCCCUUUUCUGCUCCAACUCUAGAUAAAUCCAUUACCUCCUCCUCCUGUACUGUAGCUCCUUCCACCGAGCUUAAAGCCCCAGCAAAAGUAGCUGUCCCCCUCCGCUCCCGCUGGAGGUUCAGCUCUGGAGACGAAGAGGAGGAGCACAACAGAAGAAGAAAAGUUGGAGGAGGCAGUUGGAGUGUUCCUUCUGGCCCUGCUCCUUCCAUCUCCUACAGAGCAGGUGAAAAGUGUGGCACUGAGCGAGGAAGUAGCUAUUUGUCCCGCAGUAAAAAUGGCUGGUGUGGUGCUAAGGGCAUUGGCAGGUCUUCAGGCAGUGAGGAGGACAGCCCUGGUUGUUUAGGCCCCCACACUCGAGAGGCAGUGCGACGACGCUCACUGAGAAAGAAGAAGAAGGUCAGUGGAGCUGCUCUUGCAGCAGGCCGUGAUGAUUAUGGUGAUCAUGAUGGCGAAUCAGAAGACACUGACAGUGACACAGCCAUGACAAUGGAGCACUUAGAGAAGCACCGCCAGCAAAACACAUGUGGAGCUCAUGCAGGACCAAUAUCUCGGAGCCACUCGGCAAGAGAACAGAAAAGUAACAGUAACAGAGCCAGGGUGCAGCAAUGGGAGCGCAUCUCCUCAACUGCGACAUCCACAACACUUCCUGGUGUAUCUCGAGUGUCAAAGGUCAAUAUCCCCCCAUUUGCUUCCAGUCCUGGUGGUUCGCGUUGCAGCAGCCGAUACUCCAGCACUGAGACACUGAAGGAGGAGGACCAGGCUGGCUCGGCCAACCGUGCAGCAAAUAUGUUUGUUGUCAGCGACAGAGAAGGAGGCCCCACUAGCAGAGCUGCAUCCUCUUCCAUGCUGAGUAAAACGUACCAUGGGAAUUUUACCAUGUACCGCUCCCCAAGCUUUGGCCAUGGGGAUAAUUUCUCCCAUCCCCCUGUAUGGGUGCGCCCAAAUAUUGUGCCUACAGUCACCCUCUCUGGUAAACUUUCCAGAGACGGCGUGGCAUCAGCAGGGGUUAGGGAUGGUGAGACCAUGAAUUCAAGUAGGACAACAGGUGGGGUAGAUGAUAAUGAUAAAAACCAAAUAUCCAUGUCCAACCCUGAUAUCACCUUAGAAACUAUGUCCCUUUUGACCUUUUUGAAAUCUGAUCUGUCAGAUCUCAAGGUGCGGAAAAAGAGUGGAGACAAAUCUGGGGUCGUGGAAGGGUCACCAGCUUACAGGAUGGGCUCACGGACUCCUCAUGGUGGGACCCUGCUACCCUCUGGUUGUCGGCCCACACUGAAAGACCUGACUGCCACCCUGCGGCGUGCAAAAUCCUUCACUUAUUCAGACAAACCCAAAGCAGCAGUAAGGUGUUACUUGACAGGUGGCGCCACAAAAAGGAGCUCCUCUGAGCAGCAGCUUGAUUUGGAUGGAGAGGGUGAUGGAGGGAGGGUGUCUGUGUCAGAAAGGGAAGUAGAAAGUGAUGGGGGUGAUUUUAGGGUUGGGAGAGAACAAAGAAUGAGAGAUUAUGGAUUUGAUGAUGAGAGUGAGGAAAGGAUGCCAACUCCAUUGCAGGAGAGGUAUGUGCAGGAAGCCAGGCAGGUCAUUCGAGAUAUCUGCCAGAUGAGUACUAGAGAAGAUGAAGAUGAUUUGGAGGAUGAAUCUUUCAAGUUCAAGAAAACAAAUGAGGAGAAGGAGAAGGCAGGAGUUAGCAUUACGGAUAAGGCAAGGACAGAUCAAGAGCCUGAGUUUAAUAACACAAAAGACAGGGAUAAACAUGAGAGGGAGAGCGAGAACAGGGAGAGGGAGAGGAGUGAGAGGGAUGGACAAAGUAUGCAGUUGGAGAAACUAAACAGCAGGGGCACAGAGCACAGGGAGAACACAAAGAGACAGAGCAGAGAGACGGAGAGAGCCUUACUGAAGGGCGACUCAGAGGAAAGCAUGUUCUACGAACGCUCUGUGGAUGAACUUUCAGGCCAUGAGUCCAGUUUAACAGACGAAGGGAUCGUAACAGAGCCAGAGACAGGCCCGAGUGAUCCCUCUGAGAGUUCAUUCCUUGGGUCAGCAGGGGUUCAUUUGGGGUCAAGAAUUGCUAGGGAUGUACUAGGGCAACCUGUCACCUUAUGGAAGCAAUCGGCUCUACAUGAUGCGGAUGGGUUUAAGCCAGAGACAGAAGAGAUUGCGGAGAACAGCAUCAAUUGUACAAAUAGUCUGAAUGAAGUCAGUGAUACUCCUUCCUUGGCUGAUCCUGGCCGUACGACUGAGAGUGACUGCAUCCUCAUGGAGCUGAGCAGCAAUGCUGCUAUCAACAAUGUUAACACUACCACUGAAGAGGUCAACACCAACUGCACAGUGUCGCAGAGGUCAGCAGGCACUGCAGGAGGAGGAGGAGGUGGACUGGAAGCCCCUGCGACACCAAGUUCUGUCCGUCGAAGGCGCAAAUUCUCCCCUUCUGGUAAUAACACAGGCUCUGAUUCCAGUAAUGGCAGUAAUGCAGAGUCUACAAUGGCAGCCGUUGGUAAUGGGGAGUCAAGCACUUACCGCUCUCUCAGUGACCCAAUGCCUCAGCGGCGCUGUUCAGUGUCAGAAGAAGGGAAUAACAACUUUUCCUCCGUAGACAGCAACCUGUUGGGAUCAUUAUCUGUCAAAGGAGGGGGAGGUGCUACAGAGUGCUCUGCUGGGGACGAUUUGUCAGAAUACAAGGGCAGUGUGGCCAGUGACUUGUCAGUUUACAGUGAUGGCGGGCUACGCGAUGAGGCUGUUCGUGACUACAGUGGGGUGAUCAGGAGCAUUGUAGCUGAGCCAGGUGCAAUGGACAGACUUAUGACCGAUGAUCAUGGCAAUGGCAAAGCUCCAAAGAAGAAGUCAUUGAGUGACCCCAGUCGCCGUAGUGAUGCACCUUUACUUUUCCAGAAUGACCCUCAAUUCAAAGGUCAUAUUGGCAGCACUCAGCCUAUCAGUGAGCUGGAUCAACCUGGUCAGAUCCCACCUUCCAGUAGUGAGCCUAUCCUGAGUGAGCAGAGAGAGGAACUGUGGGAGCCAGAAGUGGAGCCUAAUUACACACUGACAGACCCAAAUGUAAAAAUAGUCAAGAAAGCUCGUUCCAAGUCAGAUUGUACCCUCCGCUCCGAUAUCCAUGACAAUGAAGAUGAUGAUGUUAUAGACCAAGGGGCAGAGGAGGCAGAAGUUCAGAAGUUUAACUUUAACCUGAAGCUGGCUGGGGUUCUGUCCCCUAGAAUGGUUCGCAGACCCACCAGAAAGCGUCCUAACAGGCCGGCCCAGUUUUCCCCUCUUGAAGAUCCAUUUGAGCCCCCAGAAAUGGGUUCAGAAGAGCAGGAGGAUCACAGCUACCUAACAGACCGUACUCCUCCCCUUCCCAUACUGCAUUCUAAACCCAAAAACAGACCCAAGCAUGUCCGCCAUGCCAGUGAACCCUUCAUCCCCAUCUCCCCUCCUCCACAACUCCAGCCACUGAAGGAAGUAGAAUGCCGUGCUGCCCACCACACUGGAGACAUUCAGACCUCGAGUAAGCCUCCAGGAGAUGUGGCCCCAUCACUGGAGGAUGUUACCCAGAAAUAUAUUCUGAUGAGCACUGCUGAGGGCCCAGGGCCUCUACCUGCAGCUAGGGAUGGAGCAGAAAGUUCAGUGUCUGCUUCAGAGGCACCCAACGAGAACAGCACCAGUGGAAUUACAGAAGCUGCACUACAGAAGAAGAGCCAAGAGGACACUGCAUCCCCAGCUAUCCCACAGAAGACCAAACCCAGAGUGGACAUGAGGAAACAUGUGAUGAUGACCCUCGUGGACACAGAGCAGUCAUAUGUGGAGUCACUACGGAGUCUCAUUCAGGGCUACAUGCGUCCCCUCAAACAGCCAGACAGCGGCUCCAUAGUGGACCCUCUGCUGGUAGAUGAGAUGUUUUAUCAAAUCCCAGAGAUCCUGGAGCACCACGAGUACUUCCUGGAGCAAGUUUCAGGCUGCGUUAGCCAAUGGCACGAUAGACAGACUGUCGGGCAUCUCCUCAUCCAAUCGUUCUCCAAAGAGACUCUAGCUAAUAUGUAUUCAGCGUACAUCGACAACUUUCUCAAUGCCAAAGAUGCUGUGAGGAUUGCCAAGGAGGCCAAACCAGCGUUUCACAAGUUUCUGGAGCAAAACAUGCGUGAGAACAAGGAGAAACAGGCUCUGGGUGAUCUGAUGAUUAAACCAGUCCAGAGGAUUCCCCGAUACGAGCUGCUGGUGAAGGACUUGCUCAAGCACACCCCAGAGGAUCACCCAGACUAUCAGUACUUACUGGACGCCCAGAGGGACAUCAAGCGAUUGGCCGAGAGGAUCAAUAAGGGCCGUCGCUCUGCUGAGGAGGCAGAGAGGGAGGCCAGGGUCAUCCAGGAGAUCGAGGCGCACAUAGAGGGAGUUGAACAUAUUCUGAACCCUGAGAGGAAGUUCUUGAGACAGGAAAUGGUCAUGGAGGCGAAGACCGUUGGUGGGAAGAAAGACCGAUCUCUCUUCCUCUUCAGUGAUCUGAUCAUCUGCACCACUCUCAAGAGGAAGUCUGGCUCAUUAAGACGCAGCUCCAUGAGCCUGUACUCUGCUGCGAGUGUCAUAGAUACUUCCAGCAAAUACAAGUUCCUGUGGAAGCUUCCUCUAGAGGACGUGGAGGUGGUUAAAAGCUCCACUCAGGCAUCAAACAAGGAGAGUAUCCAGAAGAUGAUUAGUCGAUUAGAUGAGGACGUCAGCACUCUGGGUCAGAUCAGCAAACUCUCUGAGACUCUCAGCUUCCCACACCAGUCCCUGGAUGAUGCAAUAAAGGACCUGAUGGGGUCAGUGCACAGGGAGCUGUCAGAGAAGCAGUCUCUAGCUUUCAGCAUGACUUUCCUGCCGACAAAGCUGGAGUUCACCACUGCCUCUGCUGAGAGCAGCUUCGUCUUCGAGUUCACCUCACCUGACACUCGGUCCCACUUUGAACAGGCCUUUGAAGACGCCAAGAAGAAGCUAGCAAUGAAUAAGGACCAGUGGAACCCAGAGUUUCUGAAGGCCAUUCCUAUUAUGAAGACGCGCAGUGGGAUGCAGUUCUCCUGUGCCUCUCCCAGCCACAGCUGUCCUGACAGUGGCUGUGAAGUGUGGGUGUGCAACAGUGAUGGAUACGUGGGACAGGUGUGUCUGUUGAACAUCAAAGAUGAGCCCACAGUGGAGGCCUGUAUUGCUGUCUGCUCAGCGAGGAUCAUAUGUAUUGCUGCAGUACCAGGACUCAAGGGAAGGGAGCGUGGAUCGGAGCCCACUCUGGCCACUGCCGGCGCCCCUGGUCACCCCCAGCAGCAGCUCCAUAUCUCUAUUGGUCGUUCAUCUGUGGAGCUGACGGAGCAACCCACAGGUCCAGGAGCUGAGCUUGUUCCUUUUGACAGUGAUGACACUGAUGAUGAAGAUUCACCCAGCCCUUCCUCUACUCUCAAGAGUCAGGCCAGUCACUCCACCAUUUCAUCCAGCUAUGGCAAUGAUGAAGGCCCAGGCUCCAAGGACAUGGCUACAGAGACCACCAGCAGUGAGGAGGAGCAGGAGUUUCCUGUGGCGAGCUCCUUUGGCACUCCGGGGAUGUUGGGUGAUGGAGCAGGAGGCCGCGGCCACACAGAGAGCCCAAUGGACGGCCGCGCCAUGCGCCGCUCCUCCCGGGGCUCGUUCACCAGGGCGAGCCUGGAGGACCUGCUCAGCAUCGACCCGGAGGCCUACCAGAGCUCUGUGUGGCUGGGCACAGAGGAUGGAUGCAUCCAUGUGUACCAGUCCUCGGACAACAUCCGUAACCGUAAGAACAGCAUGAAGAUGCAACACUCAGCCCCCAUCCUCAGUGUACUGUAUUUUGACAACAAAGUGUUUGUGUCCUUGGCCAAUGGAGAGGUGAUAGUCUAUCAGAGAGAAGCCGGUAGUUUCUGGGACCCUCAGUCUUCCCAGACGUUAGUUCUGGGCACGCCCACUAGCCCUGUCACCAAAAUGGUUCCUGUGGGAGGAAGGCUUUGGUGUGGCUCACAGAACAGAGUCCUUAUUUUAAACACAACUACACUGGUACAAGAGCACUGGUUCCAGGUGGGCACAGACAGCAGUCGGUGUGUGACCUGCAUGGUGGCAUAUGGUCAGGGUGUGUGGUUGGCGUUGCAGGGCAGUGCGCAGGUCAAAUUGUACCACGCUCAGACGCUGGAGAGCCUGACAGAGGUGGAUGUGGCGCCUGCUGUGCAUAAGAUGCUUGCAGGUGCCGAUGCGAUCAUCAGACAGCACAAAGCUGCCUGUCUGAGGAUUACAGCAUUGCUGGCAUGUAAGGAUCUGCUGUGGAUUGGUACCAGUGCAGGGGUCGUCCUUACACUGGUGAUCCCAGCAGUGAGCUCAGGAACGGGGGCUGGGACAGUGAAAUCCCCCCAGGUGCCGAUGGGCUCGGCUCACGGACACACUGGCCACGUUCGGUUCUUGACAUCAAUCGAACUACCAGAAGGGUUUGACAUGAACUUCCCACCUAUGACUAUUGACUCCACAGGCAACCAAUCCCAGAGCAGCAGCACAGUUGACGGAAACCUCCAAAGGCGCGACUCUGCACGUCGUCGAGCAUCUGCCCUCAUCCCUACAAAAACAAACCAUCUAGUAAUUUCUGGUGGUGACGGCUAUGAGGACUUCAGACUGACAAAUAGCAGUGAAACAGUUGGACGGGAUGACAGUACAAACCAUCUUUUGCUUUGGAAGGUCUGAGACAAUAAACCCCUGGUUUGAACAACCCACCCCAAAGUCGCUCUAUCUGAGAACUAGCACAAGCUCCUGUCCUUUUCCCCACUGGGACCCUCACUUUUUGGUGUAGUUUGUUUUGGUCUUCUGCUCAGUCCUCCAGUCUCUGUGUGCACAUAUGGCUGUCACUUUUCUCCUGGACUUACCAAUGAAUAUGAUCACUUCAAGAAGACUGUGGUAAUGUUUCUGAUGGUGUGCGUAAUUCCUCACUGAGUGGUAUCUGUGUGUGUGUUACUUUUUUUCUGUGAAUAUUGUCUUGAAAUGUGUAUUAAAAAAAACAAGCAUUUUAGUGAAGGAGUCAGAAGAAGACAAAGAAGCAGAAAAUGAAACUUGACAAAAGAGCAUUUGGACUGUGCAGAAUGUCACUGAACAGGAGGCUAAAAGAGGACAUACAAGUGAAGUGUGUACGUGUCCUUCUCUGUUUGUUUUUGGACUCUGACGUCGUCUUCACUAGACCCUUGCCUGAACUUCAUACAAAAUGUUUCCUGAGAACCAGAGGUAAAUGUCAUGUGAAAAUAUAUGAAUGGAAAGUUCUGCAGAGGAAUAGUGGCUAAAAUGUGCAAUAUGUGGAAAGAGUGUUUAGCAAGACAUAUACACACACAUUAAUGCACAGCCUUCACUCGCUGAAUUGGAAGACAUUUGUGAGAAAACAAAUGUGUGUUUUCCACAGAUAUUCCGAUGGUAUCAGAUUUUUUAAAUUUCAUUUUGGUUGUCAGUUUAAAGACACUUAAACAUAGAUGAUGCCUGCUACUGAGUAGGGAAAGUGCAUAGGAGGAUUCCUCCUUUACAUGAAUAUGCCAAAGCCUUGUUUGUGUUACAGUUUUGACAUUAAGGGAUCUGAACCGAUUUCUUUUGCAGUGAAAUUUAAGUUUGUUGAGCAGAAAUCAGGAGCUGAUGUUACUGACUUCAAUGACGCUGGGCUGUGGUAGCAGAUAACGAUAGUAAUGUACAGUAUUUAUGGUUUUGAUUUUAGCGCAUUCUUUUACAGCACUUAAUUUAUAGAAGAUGUAGCUUUCACCUUUUGUGUUUGAGUGUAAGAACAAGAAAGCCUUGGUUUGAUAUAAGUAUUAGACAAAUGGGAAUAGUUGGUUUGGGCAGACAAGACAUACACGACAGGGUGUGACAGUUAACUCAUGGUUCAGUAUACACAAUACAGGGUUGUUUUUUUAGGAGUUUAAUGACUCCAGAAAUGUAAAGAUACAAAUCCAAAACGGAAAGAGUAUGGUAGUGUUUUUGUCAUGGUAAAGCAUUGUAUUUGAACACAGCUCAAAACUUAUCUUGAAGAAAAAGAGAACAAAGUCCCCCUCAUGCCUGUUUGGAAGCCAAAUGCAAUUAUUUACUUAAUAUUUCAACUUUUUCAGCUCCAAUGUGGCAUUUUAGUCACAUGUAAUAUAGUGAUAGGAUGUAUUUUUUAUACUCCUAAUGCAGAAACACUGAUUUCAGUAUUGAUUUUUGGAGAACAAGAUGCUGGGGUUUUUUGGACAAGAGAGUACCCACGAUACAGAGUAGGUCAGAAUGAUAAAGGCUGAGCACCUUCAAGUGCCUUCAGUUUAAAAAGUUAAUCCAAUAAACACACACACACACACACACACACACACACACAGAGUGAAAAGUCAGCUCACACUACUACAGCAGAUGCCUGGGGACGGUGACUGAGUUGUCCUUCUACACACACUACACUAGCCUCAUGCUUUGAGUCUUAAGUGAUAAUUGUCUUUGAUCCCUCCAAUCCUAAAAAAUCUCAUUACACUUUGCCAGCCAUCUGGGCGUUUCUCCUCAGCCAUACCAAAUGCAUUGAAAUGGUGUUAACUCUUCUGUGGGAGCAGCUAACAGUAAAGAGGAUUGGAUUGUAAAAAGAGCGAACUAGCUAGUUGGCUCUUUUCCUCUUUAAGUUUAAAAGUCGGUGUGUUCGUGCCUAUCCUCCAGUGCACUUAAAUCAGUUGCAGUUUGGAGUAGCAUGUGAAGAAUAGAGCAGGGGAAAGUUGAAGAAUGUUAGAAAAUGUUAUUGGACUAGAUUACUAUUAAAGGAAAUACGCUUUUCAGUUUCAUGUCUGGACUCAGGUCGAGAAGAUUGACACUCUAAUGUCUUGUAAAUAUUAAACUACAGCCAGGAGUCUGUUAGCUCAGUUUAGCAUAAAGAUUCAAAAUGAAAGUGCAAUGUGAUUUGGCUAACUUUGUUGUUAUGAAGAGUUAAGACAAAAGGAUCUGCCUUAAUGCGCACAGAUCACAAUAUAUCUUGUUUACCUAUUUCAUAAAAAAGUGUAACAUUACAGCUUACUUAUUUUUUGUAUGAAUGACAAAAAUGAGAUAGAUUGUAUACAUUAGUGAGCUUUAGAGGUUCAGGUGGGUGGAUCUUUUUUGCUAGCUUGCUAGCUGUUUCCAUAUAUGUGCUAAGCUAGCCCGUAGCUGGCUGUAAUUGCACAUUAAUGAAACCCAACAUGUGGAGUGAUAUUCAUCUUCUCAUCUAACUCCAAGCAAAAAAGUGAAUAAGAUGAUUUCCUUCCUUUUUUUAAAUGAUUCCUCUGAUAUCCACUAACGUAGCAAAAUGUUUGUUAACUUUGUGUGUUCUUUCUAAUUCACAGCAAAAUCUAUUUUUGAGUUUCCAGAGCCACGAGCUGCAAAGUCACCCAUUAAAAUGCUGCACAGUACUGGCUGUAGGGAAAUGGAGACCUCCCUGAAAAAUGGAGUUAGUUGGCUUUAUUUUCUGUGAAGAAACAUCUAUAUGCUUUCCAUGCUGGUACCAGUGCUUUUGGAGCGGCGUUUUUAAUAACUGUGACAUAAAAAGUAAUUGCUUAAUGUUCUGGUUGAAGUCCAUUACUUUUGAUUCAGCUGAUUCAGAAAGAAGAAAUAAUAUUCUUAUUUUCACUAUUUGCAUUUUUUUAAACCAUUGUUAUUGAAUUAAAUCUCUUCAUUUUACAGAAGCACAUUUAAAAAAAUGUUUGUUUGGUAAAAAUCAUAGCAAAGAAAGACCGGUCAUCCUGGUCUAAUUGGAAAAGGAUUAGUCGAAUGAAGCAUAGUUGGAAACAGACGAUUUACCCUUAAUUCACAUUUACAUCAAACUCAUUCUAUCAUCACUGUAACUCUCAGCUAAGUAACCUCUAUUCCCCACAUGUUAAAGAAGUCUUUAUUGUUGUAAAUAUUGGUAUAUAUUGCCUUUUUUUCUGUAAAUAGUGCACCCACGGUCCUCAAUUGUUGAUACGAAUCCAAUGGCAUAUUUUUAUAUAUUUGUGUAAGGUUUGUUUUUGUUUGUAUUUUCUCCCCUUCCUCUCUCGCUUGCGCUGUCAGUGACGUUUGAAUUGUAACCGUCAGAUCUUUCCAAAAGAAGACAAGAUAGCAUCUGAAAAAAUUAGCAUUGAUGUUUUCAUUGGUAGUCAUGUUAUCACCAAAACCGUAUGUCUGCCUUGUUACGAAUAUGUACAUGAAGGAGAUCUACCUGGUCUCAAGUCUGUUUAUCUCUGGAUGGGGAUGCAGUUGUCAUGGUUACAGUGUAUCAGAGUUACUUACUGUAUGUAGCUGUUCUCGUUCUGUCACUCUGGGUUCCUCUUUGUAAUUAAAUCAGUUCACUGGUG